AUGGGAUCAUUGCACAAAUGGGUGAGCUCCCUGGUUGACUACACGGUCGCGAAGGUAAACCGUGAGGUGCCCAUUCCCGAACUGCUUGCUGGGAACGCAUGGAUCGGAAGUGGCCGCAGCAGUCUCUGCUGGGUUCUUCCCAUGAGGAUGCUACCCCAGUACCGCACCCCAGAGGACGAACGGCAACUGCGGAAGUUCCAGAAGAUGGUUGGGCUGGGUGGCAAUCCUGUCAUUAUGGCGUCUUGCGACUCACUUGAACCUGCGCGGUACAAGACUAUGGAGACGCCGGAAUUUCUUAUUGAGUGGUCUCUUCCCUCUUUCACGGAGCGCUCUAUGUCGGGAGAGUUGACAGUGGAUAAGUUGUUGGCGUCCUACUAUGGCCCCGAAAUGCCCGAAGUCCAGAGCUUGUCGCUGGAGGACACGCAUAAGCUAUUUGCUACUGGGAAGACGGAGGUACUAGUCUAUGUUCUGUCACUGACAAAAUCAUUUACGCAGAAGGUUCUUGAUGAGGAAUCGCAAUAA